GGCAGUAAUUUAAAGCCCAUAUUGGCCCAAUAGAUACUAAACUAUUCGUUUAUCGGUCAACGCUUGCCGGCGAUUUGCCAUACAAGUAACAACUUUACGUAGCCAUACAGAUUCACCUUUAUAGUUUACCAAAGUAACCCUCCUCUCUGUCUCACCUUCUUCGUCCUUGGCUUUAUUAUAUAACUCAUCGAGAAUCAGUUGACGCUUAAACCAAACAGCAAGCGCGACGUGCCCAAUCAUUUCUUCUGAUCCGAUCUGACUCUCCACCCACCCCUCAAUGGCGUCCCAAGUGUCCAGAUCUCUUAACGGCCAUUCCGACAUUCCGCAGCCGAGGAAGAUUGCACUGGUCACCGGUAUCACUGGCCAGGAUGGAUCUUACCUCACCGAGUUCCUGCUCGAGAAAGGCUACGAAGUUCACGGCCUCAUCCGACGAUCCUCCAAUUUCAACACUCAGCGAAUCAACCAUAUCUACGUCGAUCCCCACAAUGCCAACAAAGCUCUCAUGAAGCUCCACUACGCUGAUCUCUCUGAUGCCUCUUCUCUCCGCCGUUGGCUCGACGUCAUCAAGCCUGACGAGGUCUACAACCUUGCUGCUCAGUCCCACGUCGCCGUCUCCUUCGAGAUCCCUGACUACACUGCUGACGUCGUCGCUACUGGAGCUCUUCGUCUCCUGGAGGCUGUCAGAUCUCACAACAUUGACAACGGCCGUGCCAUCAAGUACUACCAGGCUGGCUCUUCCGAGAUGUUCGGGUCAACUCCUCCUCCCCAGUCAGAGACCACUCCUUUUCAUCCCAGAUCUCCCUACGCUGCCUCCAAAUGCGCUGCUCAUUGGUACACUGUCAAUUACCGAGAGGCCUACGGUCUGUACGCCUGCAACGGAAUCCUCUUCAACCACGAGUCACCUCGCAGAGGUGAGAACUUUGUGACUCGGAAAAUCACUCGGGCCUUGGGAAGGAUCAAGGUCGGAUUGCAGACCAAGCUCUUCCUGGGAAAUAUACAGGCUUCAAGAGACUGGGGCUUCGCAGGAGACUACGUGGAAGCAAUGUGGCUGAUGCUGCAGCAGGAGAAACCAGAUGACUACGUGGUUGCAACUGAAGAAUCACACACCGUCGAGGAGUUUCUGGAGGUGUCCUUCGGGUACGUCGGGCUCAACUGGAAAGACCAUGUCGAGAUCGACAAGAGGUACUUUCGGCCAACGGAGGUGGACAAUCUGAAAGGAGACGCAAGCAAGGCAAAGGAGAUGUUGGGGUGGAAGCCGAAAGUAGGGUUCGAAAAGCUGGUGAAGAUGAUGGUGGACGAAGACCUUGAGCUGGCCAAGAGGGAGAAAGUGCUCGCCGACGCUGGUUACAUUGACGCUCAGCAGCAACCAUGAUAUGGGGAGGUGGCAAAGAGGAGUAAUCAUUAUCUGCUUUUUU